UACCUGACCCCAUCGGGACCCGCGGUGAGCUAAUUUAUUCUCUGGGGUGCAUCAGGGACCCUGAAUCGCAGCGUCCUCUCCCCGAAACUCGAUAUGAUACAGCCUCCGACACCAAACCAGAUUCCACACCAGGAAUCAGCAAACCAUGAGGUGAUGAAGGGCGAUCCACGAUAUUCACUCCGAGAGCCACAAUACGCGGAGGAACUUUGCGUGGGCUUCCGAACUAGCGUUUUAUUCAUCGAGUCCCUGGACCUCAAUAUCGAGGAUCCCCGUCCACACAGAGGCAAUCAGGAAGCGACAGACGGGGAAAAACGAGACAAUUACCUCCCCUAGCAACCUUGUUGACUCUCUUGGCAUCCAUGCGAAUUUCCUUGAUACCCCCUUAACACAUAUGACGGUUCUAUCGGGCCCCAACAAACUCCUAAGGAACAGUUUCAUCAGCACCUUCAAGCGAGAUAAGCUAGGAAGUGCAACAGAGGAUGACUUGAGAAUAAUUAGAACGAGCGGGGAUCAGAUUCAGGCAGAGGAUUCUGUUGCGGAUUCCUUGCGAUAUAUAGGAAUCUGUGCUAGAAAAGAUUUUAUGGUUAUUAAGAACUUGUCCGGGUUUCUCCCAGAAGAGGUGAGAAGGAUUAGGGAGGGACCGCAGAGACGACCGCCCCUUGUUGGAAAAUGUAUUGAAGUUAACUCCGUCCAGGGCACAUUAAGAGUAUCUUCCGUUUGGACGCACACGGCGGAGUCGCUGCGAAGCACAAGAUCGGUAGCGACAAAUUCUACCAACUUUUUUCUCACUUUGUUCGGGUGUUUCACCAAACAGGCAAGAGGUUCGAGGGGGUUACCUGUAUGGUGGGACCACGAGGACAACGGGCACUUACUGGGCUUUUGUAUCUUGCAUCAGGGUCGAGGUCAGCAAUAGGCAACGUUUGUGGAGUACUGUGUUUCUUGGGCUUGAUAAUUCGUGGUGUUUGACAUUGUACAUAUCUCAAUUUGAACGUUAGUGGAACGAUG